GCUGGGUGGGACUAUUUUGAUGGUGGGGUUGCCGGUUUUGUCACGAACCAAUUUUACCGAGUUGGACAGAAUGUACUAACAGUCGUUGUCACACUUUUAUCGUGGAUUUUAAAAACGUUAGACACCCUGUAACGGCGGUGAAACCGGCGGAAUAGCUACCGUUAACGUACAAACAGGAUAACACCUGAGCGUUUGUGUCAGUUACUACCUGGAUAACGUUAACAACAAGGGGCAACAUGUCAGCAGAGCCGAUUAUCAUCACACUGGAAACUGCGUCGGGGACCACCAGUGCAUUCCCCGCGGUGUUAAAGCAGGUCAUGGAAAUGCCUCCGCCGAAUAUUCUGGACUGUGACGACGACACUGACAAGGAAAAGCUGUGUCUGGGAGACAAUGUUGACCUGGGCGGAGGAUUUGAUAUGGAUAUGGGUCCUUCGGCCGCCCUGACCCCCGCUAUCUGGGAGAAAACCAUUCCCUAUGAUGGUGAAAACUUCCACCUGGAGUACAUGGACCUUGAGGAGUUCCUCGUAGAGAAUGGCAUCGCCAACUUGCCUGACGUGGACUCCACAAAGGGCAGCCCAGCAGGAGGUGUCGUGAAGAUGGAGAAACUAAAGGUUGCCAAGCCAGCAAGCAUGUCCCUGCUACCCAUUCAGGACUUGGACAAGUGUGAGGGGGAAAUAUUGAUCAUCACAAAGACUGACUCCGAUAUCCUCUGUGAAGUUACUGCAGAGGUGACCACUGAAAGCGACGACGAGACCCCCGAGGCCGAUGAGAUUGAGGUCGAUAUGAACUACGAGCCCGAUCCCACUGACCUGGUCCUGUCAAGUGUGCCGGGCGGCGAGCUGUUUAACCCUCGCAAACACAAGUUCUCUGAAGAUGAGCUCAAGCCACAGCCAAUGAUCAAGAAGGCAAAGAAGGUGUUGGUGCCUGAAGAGCAGAAGGAUGACAAGUACUGGCACAGAAGAAAAAAGAACAACGUGGCUGCCAAACGCUCGCGUGACGCCCGCAGGUUAAAGGAGAACCAGAUCACCGUCCGUGCGGCUUUCCUGGAGCGUGAGAACGCAGCGCUGCGGACAGAAGUCGCCGAUCUACGGAAGGAGAGCAGCCGCCACAAGAACACAGUGGGUCGCUACGAAGCCAAAUUCGGACAACUUGCGCUGCUGGAAGACUAAUAGACAGCAGUUGAUUUAUUUGUUCUAAUGAAUAAAUAAAUCUCCUUGAAUUGUGCAAACACGAGAAUCUACCGGAUGAAGAAGGAGGGCUGGUGCUGCCGUGGAGGUGCAAGAGCAUCUGAAGACUCGACGUUUGGUUUUUAUUUCUGUCUUCUUCUUUUUCUUAAAGAAUUUGAUUGGUCCGUGUGAGAGGAUAUCCAAGUGCUUCUUCAGUGCACGUCUUCAGUGUACGCUUAUCAUGUUUUGUAUGCCUUUUGCCGAAAGAGAAUUUGUUUUGUUUUCAUUUUCAAAUGAUACUUGAGUAGUAACUGUAACCGUUUACUUUUAGUCAUUAGGGUAUUGUAGAAAUAUUUGCAGGUUGCUUCCAGUUCUUCACACAUUGAAACGAAUUAUGAAAUCAACCUGUCCGUUUUUAUUUCCAAAUGUAUAUUACGUGUCAGAUUGUGGAGCUGGGCUUUUAUUUGCCCACAAGAACUUUCAACAGGAACAUUUCCUUGUAACUUAAGCUUCUUCAGGGACGUGGCAAAAAGGUGCAGCCAUAAUUACUUCUCUUCACGUACAAGUACUUAUUACCAGCAACACACAAACGCUCCGCUCUGUCUGUCUCUCUGUCUGUCUCUCUGUCUGUCUCUCUGUCUGUCUCACUGUCUGUCUCACUGUCUGUCUCUCUGUCUGUCUCUCUGUCUGUCUCACUGUCUGUCUCACUGUCUGUCUGU